CGACGGUCAACUUCGGACCGAACGCGGGUUUCAACGCACCGGUCAAUCCUUUUGUUGGACCUCAUUGGGCGUCCAACGGGCCUUUCCUCCAUACACCCAAUGCAGUUGGGCCAAUUUCAGUGCCCGCUAGUACGGUCCAAAGGCCACCAAAGUUCAAUGGCACGAACUUCAAGAUCCUCCCCAGGCGAAUGACGGGAACGACCCCCUCGUGGCGAUGGUGAACCAAGCAUGGUACCACAAUAACUAUCUCACCAUCAACUACAUUCUCGAGGGGUUGGCCGAGACGCUGUACCCCGUCUAUGCCGGUGCACAGCUUGCAAAAGAGCUUUGGAGUAGCUUGAACAAGAAGUAUCAAGCUGAAGAUGCCGGUAUGAAGAAGUUCAUCGUCGGGAAGAUGCUGGACUACAAGAUGGUUGACAGCAAAUCUGUUGUCGCCCAGGCUGAGGAGCUUACAGUAAUCUUCAACAAAUGCAAUGAAGAGAAAGUAGGCGUCAGCGAGGCCUUUCAAGUGGCGGCCAUCAUCCACAAACUUCCCCGGUCGUGGGAAGACUUCUAAGCCGACCACAAGCUCAAAAGAACGGAGCUAACCUGGAGCAACUGCUCAAAUGGUUGAGAAUCAGAGAGGAGGGGCUUGCUAGAAGAGGUGGAGGGGCAAAAGCGAAUGUGGUAGAGCAUCCGUCAGGAUCUUCACAUGGCGGGAAGGACAAAAAGAGAAAAUAGGUCCUAAGGGUGGCAUUUCUAAAUUUGCAGGAAAGUGCUACAAUUGUGGCAUUACUGGGCAUCGU